CGAAGCUGUUCGGCUGCCUAGUAGUAAUUAUAUACUGUAACACUGGAUCGUUGAGCAUGAAAAUGGAGAGCUUUAACUUUACAUUGGAUUUAUGAUACUAGCAGCAUAAUUAAGGAGAUGGACACGAACGCCACUGGUGAGAGCCCCGAUCUGCUGUCCGAUACAGGAUACUUAUGUGUUGGUAUAUACCUAUCCAUACUGGGCUUAUCAUCUAUCUGCGUUAAUGGAUUUGUAAUACUAAUCCUCCUUAAAGGCAAAGCUAAACAUAACGUGAUGCACAACAUCCUGCUGCUUAAUAUGGCCGUAACCGAUUUCCUGAUAUCAAUCGUCGCCUACCCCUUGUCAGCUUCCUCUAGCCUUCAUGGCAGAUGGUUGUACUCUGAGGGAACCUGUAUUUUCUAUGGUUUCUGGGUUUUCAGUCUCGCUGUUGGGAACAUGAACACUCUUGCCGUCAUCGCCAUUUGCCGCUACAUCAUUGCUGUCAGACCAGAAUACAGUUAUCUACUAGAGAAGAAAAACGCCAAGUACAUCCUGUGUAUGAUAUGGAUAUAUUCAUUUAUGUGGACUAGUCCGCCGUUAGUAGGCUGGAGUACGUACACAUUCGAGGCCUAUCGAACGUCCUGUACCAUCAACUGGGCUGGUCGGUCUAUCCUGGACAAAACUUACAACAUUACCAUUACAGUAACAUGCUUUAUAGUCCAUGUGUCCAUAUGCAGUUUCUCCUACUUUCACGUGAUUAAAAGACAUGCAUGGGCAAAUAAUUCCGACAUUGGACUGGCAUUACGAUCUUCAGGCAGGAAUCUUGAAGCCACAGAGAGGACGUUUAAUCUAGAGACCGUUGUUUCUUAUCAUAAAGUAACAACUUCACGCAAAGUCACAAUGAUGUGCUUUGCAAUGUUAACGUCAUAUUUAAUAGCAUGGACACCGUACACAUUCCUCAGCGUAUGGAUUAUGUUUAUCGGAGACGUGAAACCAUGGGUUCACGUUUUACCAACAAUGAUGGCCAAAUCGUCGACACUAACCAACGCCAUUGUAUAUGGAAUAUUAAGCAGCAAAUUCAGGGAGUCUGUCAAACUGAUGUUCAAACGAAAUAUGAACCGAGUAGCGCCCAUGACAACGAACAUAAACAGAAACCUAUCAGAACCUGUUGCUACCUCCAGCCGAGUACAAUCUACAGGGACAACGCUCCAACACAGGCCGCAGGAUCACAGCAAAAAAGAGCAUUAUUCGUAUAAAACAUACAGCGUUCAUCUGAUCAAGAAUGACGUGUACAUCGGGAAGAAUAAUGUCACUCUCCCUAAUGAGGAACGAGUCCUUUGAUAGUGUAUAGAAACACUAUAAGUGGAGAUAUGUAUGUCACAUUUUUGUCUCAGAAAACAAGAUACAUUCCCAUGUCUCCUCUUCUACAGGAGAAGUUUGUAGCCUUACUCCAAGAGCUUUGAAGAAAAACAAUGUGAGCCGUCAUUUAGAAUGUGUUGCCAUUCCUAAGGCAAAAAUAGUAAUUCGGAUCCAAUAUGGAGAAAGUUUUCUCCUAUAAAGGAAAAAAAGUGUGAUCCAAUAUUGAGAUUGUGUUGCCUUGUACAGGAAAACAAUGAGGUCCAAUAUUGUGAUUGUGUUGUCUUCUACAGGAAAACAAUGAGGUCCAAUAUUGUGAUUGUGUUGCCUUGUACAGGAAAACAAUGAGGUCCAAUAUUGAGAAUGCGUUCUAUUUUACAGGAAACAAUCAUUGUAUUUCAACACUGGAAACAUGUUGCAGUUCCAUGGAAAACAAUCAUUGUAAUUCUAUUUGUCAAGAAAAAAAAACAAUGAAUGAGACCGAAUAUUGACAAUGCGCCACGUUCUUUAUAAAGGCAAUGCAUGUGAUCUUACAUUGAUAAUUGACCAUUCUAGAAAGAAAAAUAUCAAUCUGGUAUAACAUCGAGAAUUAGUUUCAAUCUAUAGGAAGAACUUUCGAUGAGAUCCAAUGUUGAGAAUGUAUUUUCAUUAUAUGGGAAAAAAAUAUGGCAAUCCAAUUUUGAAAAUGAUCUGCAUUUUACAGUAACAAACAAGUGUUUUGCAAAUUGUAAUUUGGAAGACAACAAUUAACAGGAGAAAAAAAUUGAUAUGAUAUUAAUAAAAUGAAAGAGACAAGAGGUUUUGACUGAAGGUUUAAAAUCUUUAUUGGAGAAACAAUGUGUAGCUAUUACAUAUCAUGAAGUUAUCUUAUUUCAACAUAAGUAUUUCAUAUAUAUACUUAUAGACGCUGCUUCUUGCAAUGCAUACUGGAUUGUUGUUAAAUUUCGCUGGGCUGAUAUUUCGCGGUUGUCCCAGUGAGAACUAGUUAGCAGGUAUUAAUUUUCGCGCAACAUUGACUUGUGAACAUUCUAUAUUAACUAUUUUCAUACAUUUGUAUGUAUUAACAAAUAUUUGUUGGGUAUUUAUUUUCGCACAUGGUCUUGAAUAUAGCGAAAAUAAACCCCACGCAAAUAUAACUAUCUUUGCAGUAUAUAAGUACAUACAUUGGAUUGUGGUUCUCGCAAGAGUAUAUUAUAAUCUGUGACGUUUUCGCUCUAAAGAGUUCAAUAAUUCGUUGUUAUUAUCAAAUGUCAAAUAUUGUCCUCUCUUGGGCAAUUCGAUCCUACUUGUUCACUGGACACAGGGUACACUGAAGCGAAGUAUAAAAAAUAAAACAAGUAUUGACAACUUACAUUUACUACGAUGAAGACAGGAGACCGAUAUCAAACAUAUAUAAUGUAUAGUUAGCUUAAUGAACUGUUAAAUUAUCUAUAUAUGUAUAUAUGCAUUUUGUGUAUAACGUACGUCGUCACAAAUACAUCAUAACAUCAGAAAUGUUUCAACUUUACACUGGACAAAUGACGUGUGUAUUUUAUAAUACAAUCAAUAGAUGUAUAUUUACAUUUUAUAGAAUAUUUGGAAUUUUUCUAUCGCAGAAUAAAUACUUUAGCAAUA